GCUGUUGAAGGAUGGGUAAUUACUGUGACUGGUGUACAUGAAGAAGCUACUGAAGAAGAUUUACAAGACAAGUUUAGUGAUUAUGGAAGUGUGAUGAAUCUAGCUAUGCCAUUAGAUCGUAGAACAGGUUAUGUAAAGGGAUAUGCAUUAGUUGAAUAUGAGACUAGAAAAGAAGCAGAAACUGCUAUAAGGGAAGGAUCAGGUAGUAAAUUAUUAGAUCAAAAAUUAGAAUGUGAUUUUGCUUUUGUUAGGUAA